AUGAGACCAUCUCCCAGGGCUGUGUACACCUCGCCUUCUCACCCCGAACUAAUCGAGUUCACUCCCGGCGAUGGCCCCCACUCCACUCAAGGGAAGACGACGCAAAUCUCAGAUGUGGUAAUUCGUGCUGGGGGGCAAGACAGGGAUCGACCCACUCAUGCUCUGGAUACGUAUUUGGGGUCUUUGCGGGCUGAGCUUACCACCCUCCAGGAUAAAAUCAAUGAGUUUUUAACCGAACGCAUGGCUGAAGCUAAACUGCAUGGGACCGAUAGCAUUGAUGAAAUAGAACGCAAACUCCUUGAUGAAGGUCACGAUGAGGAUUCUGAUUAG